CUCCUCCUCCUCCGGCCGCCGCCUCCGCUGCUGCUGUGCCUCCUGUCCCCUCUCGUUCUCCUUCCUCUCCCAGUUCCUGCCCCUCCUCCCCUCCCUUGGCGCCUGCUGCCCGGCGGUGAAGGGCCGAACCCUCAGCCGCGGCUCCCCUUCGCUCGGGCCAGUAAGAGGCUGGAACAGCCCAGUACUCCAGCCCAUCUGAGCUCAUUUUGAAUCUCAAUUUUGUUCUUCAACAUAUUUGAUAUCCCUGCCAGCUUUGGGUCAUCUUCAGACUUGUUUCCCCCAAGAAAGAGCAGCUGAGUCCUUGCAUCUUGUGGCAGCUGGUGUGCCCAGCACUGAGCCCAUCGGAGCUGAAGGCAGCCCGGCCCCUUCUCAUGGGCAGCACCCACCUGUGUUGAGGUCCUGCAGCAGUGGCUGUGUGAGGAGCUGUGCAACCAGUUGUAACUGAAAAUGUCUGACGGUCUGGAUAAUGAAGAGAAACCCCCAGCUCCCCCACUGAGGAUGAAUAGUAACAACCGGGAUUCCUCGGCACUCAACCACAGCUCCAAACCACUUCCCAUGGCCCCUGAAGAGAAGAAUAAGAAAGCCAGGCUUCGCUCUAUCUUCCCAGGAGGAGGGGAUAAAACCAAUAAGAAGAAAGAGAAAGAACGCCCAGAGAUCUCUCUUCCUUCAGACUUUGAACAUACGAUUCAUGUGGGGUUUGAUGCAGUCACCGGGGAAUUCACUGGAAUUCCUGAGCAAUGGGCACGAUUACUGCAAACCUCCAACAUAACAAAGCUGGAACAGAAGAAGAACCCCCAAGCUGUUCUAGAUGUUCUCAAAUUCUAUGAUUCCAAAGAAACCGUCAACAACCAGAAGUACAUGAGCUUUACGUCAGGAGAUAAAAGCGCACAUGGAUACAUAGCAGCCCAUCCUUCGAGUACAAAAACAGCAUCAGAGCCUCCUUUGGCUCCCCCUGUGUCUGAAGAAGAAGAUGAAGAAGAGGAAGAAGAAGAAGAUGACAAUGAGCCACCACCAGUCAUUGCACCAAGACCAGAGCAUACAAAAUCAAUCUACACUCGUUCCGUGGUUGAAUCCAUUGCUUCACCAGCAGCACCAAAUAAAGAGGUCACACCACCUUCUGCUGAGAACGCCAAUUCCAGUACUUUGUAUAGAAACACAGAUCGGCAAAGGAAAAAAUCCAAAAUGACAGAUGAGGAGAUCCUAGAGAAGCUAAGAAGCAUUGUGAGUGUUGGUGACCCAAAGAAAAAAUACACAAGAUUUGAAAAAAUAGGUCAAGGGGCAUCAGGUACUGUUUAUACAGCGCUAGACAUUGCCACAGGACAAGAGGUGGCCAUAAAGCAGAUGAACCUUCAACAGCAACCCAAAAAGGAAUUAAUUAUUAAUGAAAUUCUGGUCAUGAGGGAAAAUAAGAACCCCAAUAUUGUUAAUUAUUUAGAUAGCUACUUAGUGGGUGAUGAACUAUGGGUAGUCAUGGAAUACUUGGCUGGUGGCUCUUUGACUGAUGUGGUCACAGAGACCUGUAUGGAUGAAGGACAGAUAGCAGCCGUCUGCAGAGAGUGCCUCCAAGCUUUGGAUUUCUUGCACUCAAACCAAGUGAUCCACAGAGACAUAAAGAGUGACAAUAUUCUCCUUGGGAUGGAUGGCUCUGUUAAAUUGACUGAUUUUGGGUUCUGUGCCCAGAUCACCCCUGAGCAAAGUAAACGAAGCACUAUGGUGGGAACUCCCUAUUGGAUGGCACCUGAGGUGGUGACUCGAAAAGCUUAUGGUCCAAAAGUUGAUAUCUGGUCUCUGGGGAUUAUGGCGAUUGAAAUGGUAGAAGGUGAACCCCCUUACCUUAAUGAAAAUCCACUCAGGGCAUUAUAUCUGAUAGCCACUAAUGGAACCCCAGAGCUCCAGAAUCCUGAGAGACUGUCUGCUGUAUUCCGUGACUUUUUAAAUCGCUGUCUUGAGAUGGAUGUGGAUAGGCGAGGAUCUGCCAAGGAGCUUUUACAGCAUCCAUUUUUAAAAUUAGCCAAGCCUCUCUCCAGCCUGACUCCUCUGAUUAUCGCUGCAAAGGAAGCAAUUAAGAACAGCAGCCGCUAGGACUGCAAGCCUUACCCCACACCAUCUCCCUCGUGAGUAAGACUGAAAUAAAACUCCACUGCAGGAAAGAUGGAAGAAAAGACAGUCGAAUGGGGUGGGGAUUCUUUAACUUUCAAAUGAAUAGAAACUUCUUAUAAGCCUUUUUCCUACUCCCUCAGAUUAUGUAACUUAUUUGUAAGCCUGAAUCGCAGCCCAAACAGGGCAGCAAUGUCGAAGUGGCCAUAAAGUGGUCACUUCUACCGUGAAGCGAAAGAGCCAGUAGUGAAUCCCCUCAUUUUGUGCAUUCACUUUGAAGAAAAAAGAUUUCUCAAAGAUGCACACUCCCUCUUCAUAGUGUUGUGUUUGUUUUUAAGUUAGAGAGUAGUCCCUCUUGCAUUCGAACUUCCUUCAAAACUCCUUACCCAAUGUGAUGUUUUUCACUUGCAUUGUCAU